AUGCUCGGCCGCGGCCGUGAGCCAGAGCCGGCGGUGGAGGAAUCGCCGCCCGAUUUCCAUGGCCUCCGUCCCCCAGAGAAGCCUCGCAAGGUUGUGGCCUUCGAUAUUCAGCUUGACCCACUGCAGAACCCCCGGCGGCGGGAGGACGAAGAAGUGGCUCCCGACCUCACGGCGCCCCUUUCCGACGAGAUCCUUCUCCGUAUCUUCUCCCAUCUCCCAUCUCCGCUCCAGGUCUCCGCCGGCCUCGUCUGCAAGAAGUGGCUCCGCCUCCUCGGCCGGCUCCGCCGCUCACUCACGCUCCUCGACUGGUCCUUCCUCGACAGCCCUUCCCGUCGCCUCGUUGCUCGCUUCCCCGACCUUACCGACGUCGAUCUCGUGCCGGCGUCCAUCACCCCGCCGGUUGUGACCUCCGGGAUCCUUCUCUCCCGCGGUCACAUCUCCGUCCAGUUGGAUUCGGACUUCGAGUCCUCCGAAGAUUCCUCUCCAGAUCUCGUCUCGGAUGGCCGGUUCCUGCCGCCGGAGACCAUGGACCGAGGUCUCGACAUCCUCUCCGGGAGCUGCCCCAGCCUGCGGAAGCUCUCGAUGGUCGCCGUCGCGUCAGAUCGCGGCCUGAUGAAUGUUGCAGACAAUUGCCCGACGCUGCUGGAGCUGGACCUCCACUGGUGCACUGACUCGUCUCUUAGCCCCAUAUCUGCUUUCAGCAACCUCCAGAUCCUCAAGGUCAUCGGAUGCGUGGAGGGGCUUUUCAGGGGAUCAGGGAUCACCGACAUCGGGUUGACAAUCUUGGCCCACAGCUGCAAGCGACUGGUAAAGCUCGACCUGAUAGGAUGCGAGGGGAGCUACGACGGCAUCAGCGCCAUCGGGCGGUGCUGCUUGAUGCUGGAGGAGCUGACGCUAUGCGACCACCGAAUGGAUGCAGGCUGGAUCGCAGGGUUGUCUUUCUGUGGGAAUCUCAAGACCCUGCGAUUAAUUCAUUGCCGGAUCAUCGACAAGGAUCCCGGCCCCGUGGAGCACUUGGGAUCGUGCGCCGCCAUUGAGCACCUGCACCUGCAGCGGUGCCAGCUCCGCGAUAAGAGAAGCUUGAAUGCUCUGUUCUUCGUGUGUGAGGCUGUGAAGGAUAUCGUCUUCCACGACUGUUGGGGAUUGGACGACGACAUCUUUGGGACGGCGAGCCUCUGCAGGUAA